AUGAACAAACUGAGUGAUCUCCUUUGUGCUAAUGGUUCUAACUGGGACAGGGAGUUGAUUGUACAAUCUUUCAGUCCAGAUGAUGCCUCCCUCAUUUUGAAGACUCCACUGUUAAGAAGAGGUCAAAAAGACUUGCUAAUUUGGAAACCUCUCAAACUUGGAGUUUUCAGUGCCAAAUCAGCUUACUCUCUUAUUCUUGCAGCAAAUCAAGCUCCACAAACAGAUCCAGAAUCUAGCAAGUCCAAUCUCAUAGAAUCUAAGGUGUGGAAAACUACAUGGUCCCUGAAAAUCAAGAACAAAAUUAAAACCUUCCUGUGGAGAUGUUGGUUUAACUUCAUUGGAACUCAGGACCAGCUCAUUCUCAAAAGAAUCCCCCUCGAUCCUAUCAGUAAAAUUUGUGGAGCAGCUGAAGAAUUUCUUGAGCAUAUUUUCUUCUUAUGUCCACGAGCUGUUAACGUUUGGAAGUUUGCAGGAGCAGAAUGGACCAGUUUCCAGGACACAUCACUAAACUUCAGAAUGUGGUGGACUGAAAUUUGUACAAUGAAAAGAGCCAAUAACUUCAAUGACAGAAUCCAUUUCUCCCCAUUCAUCCAGUGGAGACUGUGGAAAUGCAGAAAUCUAUGGGUAUUUAACAACAUUUGGAAAUUUGAUAUGGAGAUAGCCACUCAAGCUAGGAGUGAAUGGGUGGAGUUUGAGGAGUCUGGCCUCCAAUCUGAUUAA